AUGGCCGCCGCAGCUGCCGCCGACGACGCGGUCGCCGCCGACAUCAUCUGCUCGCUGCGCGGGGCCGACCUGGCCGGGUGGACGCCGCCGUGGAGCAAGCGCGCGAGGCCGAUGGAGGGUGAGCUGUCCUGGCCGGCCGUGGCGCGCGGGAAGCGCUCGCGCCGCCGCUCUCCGGCGUCGUCGUCGGCGACGGCGGCGGGGAAGGCGAGGUGCGCCCGGUCCAGCCCGGCGUCGCCGCUGGACUACAGCGCCGGCUCCGCCUCCCUCCGUUCCGGCGCGUCCACCAGCGGCGGCGAGGACGGCGCCUUCUGCUCGCCGUGGCACCGCCGCGCGGCCACCGCGCCGGCGACUACGACGAAGGCGACGAAGGUGCGUGCGUUCGUGGGCUCCAUCCGACGGCCGCAGUUGACCUUCCAGGCCCCGCCUCCACGGCCCGCAGGUCAGAGGCAACGGAAGAAAAUGAGGCUGCCGGAGGUCCAGCAGCUGGUGCGGUCGCUCGCCGUGGAGAACGAGAGCCUACACGAGGAGAUGCGGGAACUGCAGAGGGCUUGCUCCGCGCUGUCGAAAGAAAAUGACAAGCUUGAGAUAAGAAUAGAGCAAUCCAACUCACGGAAUGAAGCCACAUUGAAGGAGCAGAAGGGAAAGCAGCAGCUUGAUCAGCAGCAGCAGCAGUCCCCACAUGACAGCUUCGCGCUACCAGAUCUCAACCUUCCUGCGCAGGACGGUGCUGAUGGGUCAGGUGUCACUAUCCUGAGUGACAAGGUCAGGUUGUAG